CUGCUCUUGUGUUCUGUUGUUUUGUUUAAGCAAGUUGAAACUUGUUGCAAACGUGCUGUGUCGUUAAGUGCCACAAUCGUUCACGUGAUUCGGCAAACAGACGAUGGGUUGAGAUUUUUGUCAUUUCCGACGUGGAAGCAAAGCCAAGCGCCUCGGCUGAUCCUGCUCCUUGUCUACCGACAAACGUAAAGACAGCAGCUGAGUGCCGCUCUGACAUGUUGAUCACGACCUGGGACUCUGCUGCUGGAGCUCUUUCCUACACUGUGGAGGCUCAGGGGAACACUGGAGAAACUUACAACUGCACCUCCUCAUCCAACAGCUGUGCGGUGACAGGAGUGCCGUGUGGCGAGCACCUCAGCGUGUGGAUCGUCGCCUCCAAUGACAACUGUGCCACUGACAAGGUGCUGGGAGAAGUUGCUCAGACUGUUCCCUGUACCCCGACCAAUGUAUCGGUGUCGGUCGACUGCAGCCAAGAUUCUGCAAGAUUUAACUGGACAACAAGUAUCGGUGCUAUAUUUUACAUUGCUGUGGCUCAGGAUGACAGUGGAAACUCGUACAGCUGUAAUUCAAUGGGCAACAACUGCUUGAUGGAAGACCUGGCAUGUGGGCAGAAUUACACUGCCAGUAUUAUCGGCACCAAUCUAAAGUGCAACAGCUCCGCCAGCGAGGAGGUCACCUUUAUGACAGCUCCUUGUCCUCCAACUGACAUUGAGGCAUUCAGGGACUGUGACGCCAACCAUGCUCUAAUAGUCUGGCAGAACCAUCAGCCCACAGGCCUCUUCACUGCAACCAUAGAGGAUCUGAGCGGGGCUCAGCUCACCUGCACCAGCAACACAGUCAACAACUGUAAAAUCACAUCUCUGCCCUGUGGAAAGAGAUACAACGUCACUGUCACAUACAAUGAUGGAAACUGUCCAUCCACGUCAAAACCUAUCAGCAUGGACUCAGUGCCAUGUGGUCCUGAGGACGUGAAGGCCAGUGUGGCCUGCAUUACCGGCGAGCUGACGGUCACCUGGAACAUCUCGGUUCCUGCAGAGAACUACACAACCAUCAUCUCUGGAGGAAUGAAUCAGCCUCUGCACUGUAACUCUACAGAGAAACACUGCACCAUGGGAGGGUUGUUGUGUGGAAGCUCAUACGCGGUGACUGUCUUUUCUGUCACUGGGACAUGCUUCAGUCUGCCGAGCACAGAGGUCACAGUGCAAACAUUGCCAUGUCCUCCAACCAAUGUCUCCGUCGUGCACACAUGUGCUCCGGGACCUGUUCCUGUGUCAUGGGUAGCCAGCGACAGUGCCAAAUACUACACUGCUCUCGCUGUGAGCGGCGAAGGUCACAGAUCAGAGUGCACGACCAAUAAAACUUCCUGCAGCCUCCCUGGACUCCAGUGUGGGGAGGUUUACACCAUUGGUGUUUCAGGAGCUGAUGACAACUGCACAGGUCAACUGAGUGACACUGUGGCUUUGAACACAGAGCCCUGUUCUCCCGUUAAUGUGUCCAGCCAGCUGAUGUGUAGUGCUGGCACUGCUCAGGUGUCCUGGGCCCACAGUGCGAAUGCAGUUAGCUAUGCUCUGAAAGCCACCAGCAAUGGACAGAUGCUCACCUGCAGCAGCCCCAGCCCCAACUGCACUCUGAGUAACCUGGUCUGUGGCCAGGCGUACGACAUUGUUGUGACUGCCACUGAUGGCACCUGUGUCAGUAACUACAGUGCCCCCUACAGACAAGAUGAAGUACCAUGCGCUCCAGUGAACGUCAGUACAAACCUGCUAUGUGGCACCAAUGAUCUGACUGUCAGCUGGACCCCCGCUGCAUUACCCCGCAACUACAGUGUCACUGCUGUGCCGCUGGCUGCAAAUAUCAGCUCAGUCACCUGUGACACUAGCCAUUCCAACUGUAGUCUGAGUGGUCUUCAGUGUGGACAGGCUUAUAAUGUCUCUGUCAAAGCUUCCUAUGGUAGUUGCAGUGGGCCAUACAGCCUCCCACAGACUGUUCUGACAGCACCCUGCUCCCCUCAGAGCUUAACAGCAGUGACAGAUUGUGGCACAGACUCUCUUCUGGCCUCCUGGAAUGCCUCUCCUGGUGCUACUUCUUACACGACGACAGUGACAGGCCCCAGUGGCUUCUCUGAAACCUGCUCCUCAUCUAACCUCACAUGUUCUGUCUCUGGCCUGCAGUGUGCCAGCCAGUACAACAUCAUAGUGACAUCCCAGGAUGGCCACUGCACCAGCUCUCCCAGUCAAACUGCUUUGAUGACAGGACCAUGUGACCCUAUCAAUGUGACCAGUGUCCUCCAGUGUGGUUCAGAUGCAGCCACAGUGUCCUGGGAAGCUGCUGUCGGGGCUGUGGCCUACACUGUGUUCGCCCAGGAGGAUAGUUCUCAGCAUUAUACCUCCUGUAGGAGCAGCACAACCGCCUGUCAGCUGAACCAGCUGCAGUGCGGAAAAGUUUACAAUCUGACUGUGAUGGCUGAGGAUGCCACCUGCAACAGCACAGGAAGCACCAGUACAGUCCUGAGGACAGCCCCGUGCUCUCCCUCUAUCCAGAACAACACCCUGAUCUGUGGCACCAAUUCUUCCUCUCUGUCAUGGACGCCAGUGGUGGACGCCACAGGUUAUGUUGUUAAUGCCACAGCUUCAAACGGGCAUGCUGUUUCGUGCAACUCAGCUACUGCUGCAUGCACCUUAACAGAUCUCCUGUGUAGCGAAACCUACAUGACCACCGUCACUGCACAGGGAAGCCAGUGUGACAGUGCGCCUAGCUCCAGGACCAACAUUACCACAUCCCCCUGUCCUCCAGCUGUCAUAUCUAAGCACUAUGCCUGUGACACUAACAGAGCAGUGUUUGGGUGGACUGACCCUGUGGGACGCCUCAGCUUCCAGGCUCAGGUAGCCGGGGAAGGGUAUCAGGAUAGCUGCCAGACUACAAACACCAGUUGUUCAUUCCAAAAUCUUCCUUGUGGCCUGGAUUUAAAUUUAACAGUGCAGGCUCAGGGGGGCCAGUGUAACAGCAACCCAAGUGUCAGUGAAUCUCUUCAAACAGUCCCAUGUGCCCCAGUGAAUGUUAGCACCACUCUGACCUGUCACAAUCGCUCAGCCCUGAUCUCAUGGGUCAGAAGCCAUAGUGCAAUAGGAUACAAUGUGACACUGACAGGCCAGGAUGGACACACACACCACUGCCAAACCAACUCUACCAGCUGUCAUCUACCUGACAUCCACUGUGGUGAAACCUAUAGUGUCACAGUCACACCGUACUCUGAGACAUGUGCAGGGCACCCAAGCACAGUUUCCAGCUUUAGAGCAGGUCUUUGUGCUCCCAGCAACAUCUCCGUGUCUCCUGCUUGUGAUGACAGCAUUGUCUCUUGGUCUCAUGUAGCUGGGGCUGAGAUGUUCAUAGCAACAGCAACUGCACCUGAUGGCCACACUCACACUUGCAGCUCAAACUAUUCCAACUCAUGCAAUUUCACUGAUCUCCACUGUGGGGAAACUUACACUGUUACUGUUGUAACUGUAGACAGGGGAUGCUGGAGUGAGCCAAGCUCAGCUGUGGAGCUGAGAACAGCUUUGUGCUCGGCCACUAACUUGACGGGCCACGUCAGUUGUGAUACCAACUCACUGACCCUCACAUGGGACCAGAGUCAAGUGUCUGGGGCCACCUACACUUUACAAGCUGAGAGGAUAGCCAGCACACUCCCUCCAUCAGUGUACUCUACCUCUAACACCUCUCACACUUUGACCAACCUGCUGUGUGGCCAGAGAUACGCUUUCCGCAUCACAGCACAGGAUGGAAACUGCCGCAGCAGCUACAGCCCACCAACAGAAAUAAGCACAGCCCCUUGUCAGCCAGCCAACUUCACUGCCAGGGUUGACUGUGGGACAAACAAAGGGAAUUUCUCAUGGGCUGAAUCUAGUGGAGCAGGUUUCUACACCGUUGAGGUGACGGGAGAGCAUGGCCAUGUAGCAUCCUGUUCCUCCAAUGACACCUCCUGUGCUGUAAAACUUCACUGCGGCCGGUCAUACUCUGCAACACUGGUCGCGUCCACAGAAAGCUGCAACAGCACCAAACAUGCUGACAUUCAUUUUGACGCUGCGCCCUGUCUCCCAGAAGAUGUCUUAGCUGAGUUACAGUGUAACACCAACACGAUGAAUGUGAGUUGGACACAGACCCUGGGCUCAGACGAUUACACCGCCUGGGCCAUCAGCACUGAUGGGCACAGAGCCUCCUGCAACUCAACGUCCAACACCUGCUUCAUUCCUGAUCUGCAGUGUGGCAAGGUCUACGAGGUGGCCGUCACCUCCUCUUCUAUUCACUGUGAAAUCAUUGCUGGCUCUGACUACAAGAUUCAGUCUGCCCCUUGUAAACCUGAGAACAUCUCCAUCGACCAGAACUGUAGUAGCAAUGUCAUGACAGUGAAGUGGAACCAGAGCAGCAUAACACAGAACUACACUGUUAAAGCCACGUCUGCUUCAGGUGUUAACUCCACCUGUGACUCCACUGAAAGCAGCUGCUCCCUCCUGGACCUGAGUUGUGGUCAGCUCUACACCUUCAGUGUGAUGGGACACACUAAUGUGUGCAUGAGCGAGAUGAGCACCCCUAUAGAGAAGCUUACUGCCCCAUGUCCUCCCACCAAUGUGUCAGCCAAACUGAACUGUACUACGCAUAAAGCUCUGGUCAGUUGGAGUAAUGCAGAUGCAGCCACAGCCUACAGCGUCCAGGCAACCUCCAUCAAUGGACACAACUCCUCCUGCAGUGACAUGGGCACAUCAUGUAGUCUCAGCAACCUGGUCUGUGGACAGGAAUACGCUGUUGUUGUGGAGGCAAUGCACACUGGCUGUCCUGGCCCUGCCAGUGCCCCGGCCACGCUCGCUACGGAGCCCUGUGCCCCCAUGAAUCUCUCUGUGCACUACAAUGUGAGCACUGCCCAGGUGAUGUGGGGAGCAGCAAGCGGUGCCAUCUCAUACUCUGUCCAGGCUGUGACUGAGCAGGGCUCGAUGGCCACCUGUAACACCACCAACACUAACUGCUUCCUGAACGGUCUGCAGUGUAGUCAGAUCUACAAUGUGACGGUGAUGGCACACAACCUGGCCUGUGACAGUGUGAUUUCCAAAACCCAUCGCCUCAUGACGGAACCCUGUCCGCCAACCAACGUUCAAGCCAGUAUGGCAUGUGAACAGCUUACUGCGACUGUUUCCUGGCAACAGAGCGACCUCGCUGUGGGUUAUGUCGCCUACUUUGACAAUCAGAGUGGACAUGACACUUCCUGUGUUGGCACAGACGCAGACACCCAGUGUGUUGUUUCAGGGCUGAUGUGUGGCACAGUGUACAGUGUCUGGGUCAAGGCGCUGGGACAGCAGUACAACAGCUCUGACAGCACAGUGACCAGUCUUACAUCAGAGCCUUGCCAGACGAGCAGCAUCGAAGCCAUUAUGGACUGUGAGGCCGAUUCUGUUACUGUAUCAUGGCAGCCCAGUGUAGGAGCCACUUCCUACGUCACUGAGCUUACAGCUUCUUCAGGACACACCACCAGCUGCACCACCAACUACACCAACUGUGAGCUGAGCUCCCUGCAGUGUGGAGAGAAUUACAAUGUGACUGUGAAGGCUCUAGGAGAUACUUGCAACAGCACAGCUCAAAUGGCAGGAUACCUCACCACAGAGCCCUGUGCCCCCAUGAAUCUCUCUGUGCACUACAACGUGAGCACUGCCCAGGUGAUGUGGGGGGCUGCAAGAGGGGCCAAAUCCUACUCUGUCCAGGCCGUGACUGACCAGGGCUCGAUGGCCACCUGUAACACCACCAACACCAGCUGCUUCCUGAACGGUCUGCAGUGUAGUCAGAUCUACAAUGUGACUGUGAUGGCACACAACCUGGCCUGCAACAACACUGUGACUUCUGAACCCUACCGUCUCAUGACAGAACCCUGCCCACCCUCCAACAUUCAAGCCAGUAUGGCAUGUGAACAGCUUACUUCAACAGUUUCCUGGCAACAGAGCGACCUCGCUGUGGGUUAUGUUGCCUACUUUGAUAACCAGAAUGGCCACUAUGCUUCCUGUGUUGGCACAGACACAGAUAGCGUCUGUGUUGUCUCGGGACUAAUGUGUGGGACAGUGUACAGUGUCUGGGUAAAGGCCUUGGGGCAGCAGUACAACAGCUCUGACAGCACGGUGGUUUCUCUUACAUCAGCUCCAUGUUUGCCCAGAGAGGUAGACGUACAGAUUGACUGUAGCUCUGAUCGCGCCGCUGUUGUGUCCUGGAAUGUUACUUAUGGCACAGCAAACUUUUCCCUGACAGCCGUUGUCAAUGGAGCUCUUCAGACUCUGUGCACAACUCAACAGAACAGCUGUAAUGUGACAGGUUUAAGUUGUGGGGAAACCUACAACCUCAGCCUCAUUGUCAGCAACACACAAUGCAGCCUCACAGCACCGAUGCACGCUAACCUCACCACACGUCCUUGUCCACCUCAGCAUGUAGCUGUCGACCUGCAGUGUGGCUCACAGACUGCAGUUCUGUCCUGGGAGGAUAGAUCUGAUGUUGAACUGUACAAAGCGAGUGCCAUCAAGACAUCAGGAGGGGAGGUGCAGAAGUGUAACUCUACAGGCUCUACCUGUCAGUUUCCCAGUCUGCACUGUGGGGAGACGUACAACUUCACCGUAACAGCAUACAGUCAAGGCUGCUGUAGCCAGGCCAGUAGUACUGUGUUCAUCCAAACAGAGCCUUGCCAGCCCGUGAUUGUGUCUGCUCAAGCGCUGUGUAACAGUACCGAGGUCCAUAUCUCCUGGCAUCAAGCAAGUGGUGUUGUGAAUUACAUAAUAGCAGCCAGAGGGAGCCUUGGACAUGUGGAGAUGCACAAUACAACCCAGACUCUCCUGUCAGCUGCUUUGCCAUGCGGACAGGUCUACAACGUCACAGUACAAGGACAAGGCAGCGAGUGUGACAGCCUUCCCAGCAGCCCCGCCUUCUUCACAACUACUCCAUGCAUCCCCCAUGAUGUCACCACCUACACACAGUGUGAGUUUAAUGUGGGCUCUGUAAGCUGGGGGCCCAGCGAUGGCGCAGAAACAUAUGUUGCUGUAGCAACCGGGCUUGAUGGCCACACCCACCUGUGUCUCACUAACACAACCUCCUGUACCUGGAACGACCUGCACUGUGGAGAGGAGUACACAGUUGUAGUGAGAGCAAAGGAUGACAACUGCACCAGUCUGCCCAGCAACAGCUCUGUCAUUCAUAUGGAUCCCUGUGUGCCCCAGAAUUUGUCUCCCAGUGUGAACUGCGACAUGAAAGUCAUUUCUCUGAGCUGGGAUGCCAGUAAUGGGACAAGCUUGUACAUGGUAUCAGCCGAGGCAGGAAACGAAACAACUGGACUCACCACUAAUGUCACCACAGCACACUUCUCGGACUUGACCUGCGGACAAACCUACAGCCUCACAGUGACACCUCACAGCCAGCACUGCCCUGGUAGCGCCAGUGUACCGGCGUCCAUACAGACAUGGCCGUGUCCACCGGUGGGAAUCUCUUCUGUGCAGGACUGUCUCUCGGCCAUCGUACUGGUUACCUGGCAGGGCAGUAAUGGCUCAGACUACUACACAGCCAACAUGCAGACUGACACUGGCAUCUCAAACAUGUGCAUGUCUGACUCUAAUAAAUGCAGUGUGCCUGGCCUGGCCUGUGGGCACAACUUCUCUGUGUCAGUCACAGCCUCCAACCAGCAGUGUAACAUCACCUCCACUCAAACCUCCAGUCUGCAGUCAGUGCCAUGCGUUCCCACUAAUGUGUCAGUGGUGAUGGACUGUGUCAAUAACACCGCUCUUGUGUCAUGGUCUGCCAGCCAGGGGGCUGUACAGUACUCCGUGACAGCCCAUAGUAAUCACAGUGACGUCACUUGCCAGACCUCUGACCUCACCUGUAAGCUUGUUUCCCUCACAUGUGGUAACCGCUACACUGUUCAGGUAGUGGCCAUGGACGACAACUGCUCCAGUGUCCCCAGUCAAGCUCUGAUAUUUGACUCUGCUCCCUGCCUGCCUCAGAACGUGAGUGCAGAGGUCAGCUGUUCGUCAAACGACAUGACAGUUUCUUGGGAUGCCGUCAGAGAAGCAGACCACUUUUUGGUUUCAGUAAUUGCGAACAACGGAGGAACCAGCGAGUCACGCAACACCACAGACACCACAUGCUCCAUCAGCAAUGUGACCUGUGGAAAUACAUUUAGGGUUCACGUCACCUCUGUCAGAGGCACCUGCAGCAGCCAGCACAGUCAGACCCACAGCAUCCCGUCGGCUCCGUGCCAGCCGCAGGGAAUCAGAGGCAACCUCGACUGUGUGACCAAUUCUGCCUGGAUAUCAUGGGAUGCUGCUCCAGGGGCAGACAGCUACUUUGUGUCAGCCUUGGGCGAAGAGCACCACACAGCCAACUGCACCACUUCCUCCAACAAUACCUGUGAGGUGGAAGACCUGGCAUGUGGUGUACUUUAUAACUUCAGCAUUAUUGCCAAGAAUAGCAAGUGUGAGAGUCAGCCUAGUGCCACCAUCGACUUGCAGACAGCCCCCUGCUCCCUCGCUGGUAUCACAGCGGUCGCUCAGUGCCACAAUUCCUCCAUCCUGGUCAUGUGGGAGCUGAUGGAGGGCAGUGAGGGGAACACUGUGUACACUGCCACAGCGGAAGCCAGUGACCAUACCUACCUAUCCUGCAACAACACUGGCACGAGCUGCUACCUCCAUGGGGCACAAUGUGACCUCCAUUACACUAUCAUUGUAGCUGCUUCGUCAGACCACUGCAGCAGUAUGAGAAGUCCACCGUACAGAAUAAGCAUGGAGCCGUGUCCACCCACGAACGUGGUCGCCAACACUUCCUGUGAGGACCACAGUGCGCUGGUGUCCUGGAGCCUUUCUCCUGUUGCUGAAACCUACCAUGUUGUUGCUAUGGCUGUAGACGGACACUUGCAUACUUGUAACACCACAUUCAGUAACUGUAGCAUAUCUGAGCUCCACUGUGACCAGCAGUAUACAGUCUUUGUGAGGGCCAGCCAUGAGAACUGCUCCAGCAAGGCCAGUCACAAUGUCACAGUCAACACAGGUCCCUGCCAGCCUGAUGGUCUCUCUGUUAAGUACCACUGUAACAAUCAGUCUGCCCUGCUGUCAUGGACACCCAAACAUAAUGCUGUGGACUACUAUGGCUGUGCCCAGGAUGGAAAUGGAAACAUGCUGUACUGUCUCAGCACAGAUCCCACCUGUACUAUCCAGGGUCUUGAUUGUGGAACAUCCUACAAUUUCUCUGUUCAGGCCUCUGAUGGGACAUGCAACAGCUCUUUCAGUGACUCGGUGCAGAGUGGAGCAGCUCCCUGUCCUCCAGACACUGUUGAGGUGGAGCUGAUGCCGAUGCAGACGGAGAUCCAGGUGAUGCGCUUCGAGUGGACAGAGAUCACCUGUAAUGAUACAGAGUACUUGCUGAAGUUAACAGGAAGUCUGCUGGGAGACAGCCAAGCCCAGUUUGAGCUCUCAUCCUAUUGGACAAGCAUGACGUACUAUGAGAUCCCUCUCCCCUGUGGUUCAGCCUACACUGCUACGGUAGAGAGUAGAAAUGCUGCUGGCACCAGCGACCCAUCUGUGCCUCUGAAUGGAACAACAGCUCCUUGUCCACCAUCAGGAGUGGUGUACAGCGGCAACAGCUCCUUUGCCACAGUUUCGUGGAACGCUUCUGUGUUUGCCACCAUGUACACAGUGUACGACAACAGUGUCACUCCGAAAGCCCAGCUAUGCAGCACUGCAGGGCUGUCCUGCUCUCUGUCCAACAUCGCUUCAACUCACCUGGUGAUCACAGCCGGCAACGCAGCUGGAGAAAGUGAAACAACAAGUGUCACAAUCGUGGUAACGCAAGGACGCAGGCGGCGAGAUCUCAGUGAACAAAUGCCAGAUAAUGGAGGCCUCUCAGCUCCCGAGCUGGAUGUCACACAAGCGAUGUCUACAGUUAUUUUCGCCGAGUGGUCUCAAGUAGAAGCCGCUUCCCAUUAUAGUCUGGUUAUCAGGAAACAAGGCAGCUCCAUUGAGACUCAGGAGCUGAUGGUGUACGGUGAGAGCAUCAUUCUCACCGAACUGAGCCCAAACUCAACCUACUGUUUGUCCGUGUUAGCCAGGAACUCAGCAUCUAGUGGCCCAGAGUCUGAGCCGGUGUGUGUGCAAACAGCAUAAUGGGAAACUGAGUGAGAGGUCUGCACACUCCUGAUUCAAAUGUGACAGCCCUGAAAGUCAAAAGUGGCAGCAAUUUUGACAUUUAAUAUUUUACAAGGUAAUCAUAAUGCAACAAUAAUUUUAGAUCUGAAAAAGCAUGGGAUUAGUGUAGGUUGUUGUGGUAUUUUUGUUUCCACUGAUUGAAUUGAAAAAUUCUGUCUGUUUGGGUGUAACACAAGGGAAGCUCACUUCCAAAUAAGCAUGUUUUCCCCAAAAUUAAGUUCUUCUAUUUUGUGCUUCAUCAAGAUACAUCUUUUGUCUGCUGUUGGUUGAGGAUAUGUAUUUCACAUCUGGGGCUUCAUUCCUCCUUUUAAUAUUUUAUCUUCUGUAAAUUAUAUUAGUCAUUGUAAAGGUAAUAUAUUGAAUGUUUCUCAUGUCAAGUAUUUACUUUUUGCCAUUUCUAAAUGUAUAUUUAAUGUGGAAAUUAUUUUCAGACUACAUUCUAAUAAAAUGAUC